CCGCGGCCGAGCCCGGGCUCCGCACACGGCGGGACGGACACAGGGACACAGCGGGCCGGUCACUGCCGUGCGGACACUCCGGACACGGCGGUGCGGUCACUGCGGACAGCGCGCCCGUCCCGCGGCGCUGCAUCGCGCUGUCCCCUCGCUCCUCUCCUCUGUCCCUCGCUGUCCCCGCGCUCUCCCCUCGCUCUAUAUCGCUGUCCCCCUCUCUCCUCACUGUCCCCACUCUCUCCCCGCUGUCCCCUCUCUGUCCCUGCUGUCCCCUCUCUGUCCCCUCUCUGUCCCCUCGCUGUCCCCUCUCUGUCCCCUCUCUCUGCCCUCUCUCUCCCCUCUCUGUCCCCUCUCUCUUCCCACUCUGUCCCACUCUGUCCCCGCUGUCCCCUCUCUGUCCCCACUCUGUCCCCGCUGUCCCCUCUCUGUCCCUCUCUGUCCCUCUCUCUCCCCUCUCUGUCCCCACUCUGUCCCCACUCUGUCCCCACUCUGUCCCCUCUCUGUCCCCCUCUGUCCCCCUCUGUCCCCCGCUGUCCCGGGCCAUGGCCGCAGCCCCCCCGCUGCCCCCCACGCGGCUGUGGGGUGCGGAGCGCGGCGCGGUGCUGGUGUCGUGCGCGCUGUCCUGCCUGGGCUCCGCGCUGCUGCUGGGCUCCCACGCGCGCUGGCCGGAGCUGCGGACGCGGCCGCGGCAGCUGCUGCUCCACCUGUCCCUGGCAGACCUGCUCUCGGCCCUGUCCUACUUCUACGGGGUGCUGCGGGACUUCCAGCGCACCUCGUGGGACUGCGUCCUGCAGGGCGCCCUGUCCACCUUCGCCAACACCAGCUCCUUCUUCUGGACCAUGGCCAUCGCCCUCUACCUGUACCUGACCAUCGUCAGGGGCUCGCCCGCGGGCUCGGGCUUGCUCUGGAGCUUCCACGCCGUGAGCUGGGGUGUCCCCCUGGCCAUCACGGUGGCCGCUGUGGCCCUGAAGAAGAUCGGCUACGACGCCUCCAACGUUUCUGUGGGCUGGUGCUGGGUGAACCUGGACGCUGAGGAUCGGCUGCUGUGGAUGCUGCUGACGGGCAAGGUCUGGGAGAUCCUGGCCUACGUGACCCUGCCAGUGCUCUACGUCCUCAUCAGGAAGCACAUCAACAGAGCGCACGCUGCUCUCUCCGAGUACCGGCCCAUCCUCCCGGCAGCCCCGGCCCUGCGGCCCCGCUCCAGCGUGGCGGACAAGAAGCUGAUCCUCAUCCCCGUCAUCUUCAUCUUCCUGCGUGUCUGGAGCACGGUGCGCUUCGUGCUGACCCUCUGCAACUCCCCCGCCGUGCAGAACCCCGUCCUGGUUGUCCUGCACGGAAUCGGGAACACGUUCCAAGGAGGGGCCAACUGCAUCAUGUUCGUGCUGUGCACACGGCUGGUCCGGGAGAGGCUGCUCUCCCUCCUCUGCUGCGGCCACUGCGGCCAGCUGGGCUGGCCCAGGCACGGAUCCCACAGCUCCUGGCAGCACCCACAGCCCCACAAGGACAAGGACAAGGACAAGGACAAGGACAAGGACAAGGACAAGGACAAGGACAAGGAUGUGCCCGGCCGCGAGCAGACAAAGCCGCUGCUCUCCAGCACCUGAGCUGCCCCUGGCUGCUGCUGAUUCCUUCUCUCAUGGUCAGGGGUGGUGGCACAGUCCCACAGAGGGAGCUGCAGCCCGGGGAAGCAGCGCUGGAGAUGCUGAGCCCUGGAGAGGUCCCGCCGCUCACUCACACUCCUCUGGUGCUCGGCUGUGUCAGGAUCCUCUGGAACAAUCCCUUCAGCUGUACUCCGGUUUUUAUCUCCCCUCCUUCCCCUCACCCUCCCCUGCAAACCCGAGAACUCGUCCGGGCUCUUUCCUCUCUGCCUGGCGCGGCCAAGGCGUGCGGAGGUGCCCGAGCUGCGGGGACAGGAAAGCUCCAGGAGCUGCUGGAAGGACGCUCCGGCUCUGGAUGACUGCAGCGGGCUCCUGUCCUGGAGCAGGGACAGCGAUGUUCAUUUUGUGCUGCUGAUGGACGGUUCCUCCCUCCGGGGUUUGUGGUGGGGGUUCUCCCGGGGGAAUCAGAGCCCUGGGGGCUCCCGCAGGGAUAUCGGGAUGUGCCCGGGUUCCCGCAGGGAUAUCGGGAUGUGCCCGGGUUCCUGCAGGGAUAUCGGGGUGUGCCCUGUGCCCGGGUUCCCUCAGGGAUAUCGGGAUGUGCCCGGGUUCCUGCAGGGAUAUCGGGAUGUGCCCGGGUUCCCUCAGGGAUAUCGGGAUGUGCCCGGGUUCCCGCAGGGAUAUUGGGGUGUGCCCGGGUUCCCUCAGGGAUAUCGGGGUGUGCCCUGUGCCCGGGUUCCCUCAGAGGUAUCGGGAUGUGCCCGGGUUCCCGCAGGGAUAUCGGGAUGUGCCCGGGUUCCCGCAGGGAUAUCGGGAUGUGCCCGGGUUCCCGCAGGGAUAUCGGGGUGUGCCCUGUGCCCGGGUUCCCUCAGGGAUAUCGGGAUGUGCCCGGGUUCCCUCAGGGAUAUCGGGAUGUGCCCGGGUUCCCGCAGGGAUAUCGGGAUGUGCCCGGGUUCCCGCAGGGAUAUCGGGAUGUGCCCAGGUUCCCGCAGGGAUAUCGGGAUGUGCCCAGGUUCCCUCAGGGAUAUCGGGGUGUGCCCGGGUUCCCGCAGGGAUAUCGGGGUGUGCCCUGUGCCCGGGUUCCCUCAGGGAUAUCGGGAUGUGCCCUGUGCCCGGGUUCCCUCAGGGAUAUCGGGAUGUGCCCGGGUUCCCGCAGGGAUAUCGGGAUGUGCCCAGGUUCCCGCAGGGAUAUCGGGAUGUGCCCGGGUUCCCGCAGGGAUAUCGGGGUGUGCCCUGUGCCCGGGUUCCCGCAGGGAUAUCGGGGUGUGCCCUGUGCCCGGGUUCCCGCAGGGAGCAGUGCCUGGCUCCCAGCCCCUGUGCCUUGUCUGUCGGAUCACACUGCAGAGGGGAUGGGGCUCGGUGCCAUUUGGAGAUGAUGUUUUCCCGUAUUCACAGCUCCUCACUUGCUUGUUUUUUAAGUAUUUUCUCCAACUUUUAGGAAAUAAAGUUCCUUUUCUUUACCA